UUCCGAACCAUAGCCAAACAUUCCGCGUCGUGCAUUUUAUAUGAUCGGUUCGAUUCUUGCAUUUUUCUCUUUAUUUUCAACAGCCAUGGCCGCCAACAAAGAACGUACUUUUAUCAUGGUUAAGCCAGAUGGUGUUCAGCGUGGACUUGUUGGCAAAAUCAUUAAACGUUUUGAGCAAAAAGGUUUCAAACUUGUAGCUCUUAAGUUCAUGUGGGCAGAUAAGGCCUUACUGGAGAAGCAUUACGCUGAUCUGUCAGCUCGCCCAUUCUUCCCUGGACUGGUCAAUUACAUGAACUCCGGACCAGUGGUUCCAAUGGUAUGGGAAGGACUGAAUGUAGUCAAAACAGGGCGACAAAUUUUGGGUGCAACCAAUCCAGCAGACUCUGCUCCUGGAACGUUUCGGGGAGAUCUGUGCAUUCAGGUUGGACGCAACAUUAUUCACGGAUCGGAUGCUGUUGAAUCCGCGAACAAGGAAAUCGCCUUGUGGUUUACCGAAAAGGAGCUAGUAGCAUGGACCCCUGCCAACGAAGGAUGGGUAUAUGAAUAAGCAGUUAGGCGAUUUUUGAAUUUAAGUAAAAACCGCGAAACUAAGAUACUGUUGAAAAAAUAAAUGAAAGAAGCAAGAUUCUUUAAACAGAAAGUUGU